AACAUUCAGACGAAAAGGAAAUAAGUUCAAACAUAGACAGCUGGUUACAUAUUAUUGAUUUAAAUAUUGAUAGGUCAUUGCGUGUAAAGUGCAAAGGAACGUUAUCUUGCUCCCUAAAUAAUCAUGUGACUGUAUGACAGAUGCGCUGUAACAGAGAUUACCGUCACAUCCUAUAGUGAAAGCAAGAAGGAUGUCUCCGGUUACAUUUUUCUUACUCCCGGUUUUCGCCGCAACGUGCUUCGCUGUAAAUACAAUUACAAGAAUAGAUCCAGUUAACAAGCUGCCAAUUGUGAUAAAUACUUGGGGAUUCACAAAUGCUACAGCAAAAGCAUGGGAAGCAAUAUACCAACAGAAAUUGUCUGCUCUGGAUGCUGUCGAAAUGGGCUGCACAGUGUGUGAGGAAGAACAGUGCGAUGGAACUGUUGGUUUUGGUGGAAGUCCAGAUGAGAAUGGGGAAACUACAUUAGAUGCCAUGUUAAUGGAUGGUACAAAUAUGAAUAUUGGAGCUGUAGGAGCACUCAGACGAAUCAAACCGGCAAUAUCUGUAGCUCGACGUGUUCUUGAGAAUACUCGGCACUCUUUCCUUGUUGGAGACCAAGCAACAGAAUUUGCUAUUGAAAUGGGCUUUCAAGAAGAAAGUCUACAGACUGAAAACUCAAGAAGCAUUUGGCAGGAAUGGAAGGAGAACAGCUGUCAACCAAAUUUUUGGCAGCAUGUAACUCCAAAUCCACAAGACAGUUGUGGCCCAUAUAAACCUCUUAGUAACAUUCUUGGGAAGCCACAGGAAAAGCAGUGGAGAAAUGAGGAUCAGAGUCAUUGGAGCCAUGAUACAAUAGGCAUGGUUGCUGUGGAUAUUCAAGGAAAUGUUGUUGCUGGAACAUCUACAAAUGGAGCUAGCCACAAAAUACCAGGAAGAGUUGGAGAUUCUCCAAUCCCUGGGGCAGGUGCAUACGCAGACAGCAGUAUAGGAGGAGCAGCUGCAACUGGUGAUGGUGAUAUAAUGAUGCGAUUCUUACCCAGCUUCCUUGCAGUUGAGCUGCUACGUAAUGGUUCAUCGCCCUCAGAAGCUGGUGCAGUUGCUAUUCGGAGGAUAGGUUCCUACUAUCCUGAAUUCAAAGGUGGUAUUGUAGUUGUACGAAACAAUGGAGAGUAUGGUGCAGCUUGUCAUGGAUUGGACUUCUUCCCAUUUUCAGUUAGGAACUUGUACUUAAGUGAAGUAACUGUUCAAAAUGUGAGCUGUGUUUCCUAAGCAUACUAAUAAAGUUUCCUAAAUUAUUUUGA